AGAAAUCACAGUUGGAACAAUGAACUGCUCGAGAACACUAUUGUUGCUGCUAAUUAUAGGCCUUGGUAGCCAAGUGCUAGCCAAACCGAAGAGCAAAUCUAGUCGACUGCCCUCUUUUCUGAAGGUCUGCUAUCGUGAUUCUCCUGAAUUAAAUGAGUGUGCCAAAGAAUCCUUCUUGGUGUUGAAACCUCGACUAAUGGAUGGUAUACCGGAGCUAUAUAUUCCACCAAUGGAACCACUAGUUGUGCCCGAAGUGAAAAUGGAUCAAGACUCUGGAGCUAUCUAUCUGCAUUCAGUGUAUAAAAAUGUAAAGAUUACGGGCAUAUCCAAGCAUACCUUAAACGAUUUGAGAAUUGAGCCAAGUAAGCACAAGUUUGUGGUCUCAAUGACGUUUCCUCAAUUGCAUAUGGAAUCGGAUUACAGCAUUAAGGGUAAAAUUAUGAUGAUGCCGUUGCUGGGAGAUGGACGCUGCAAGGUGGAUUUGACCAAUAUUACAAUGAAUACUGAGCUAGUUGGUCAGGAGUACACUAAACAUGGAUCUACAUUCUUAAGGAUCAUCGACGUCAAAGUUAAGUACGAAUUGUCAAAUGUUCACAUGCAUCUAGAUAAUCUAUUUAAUGGAGACAAGGCAUUGGGGGAGCGUAUGAAUGAUUUCCUUAACGAAAACUGGAAAUCCCUGGCCGAGGAAGUACGUCCUCUGUUGACAAAAGCUUUGGUGGAUAUUCUUCGAGCCUCCAUUGACAAACUGUUCGAAGUGUUUAGCUAUGAUGAGCUGCUGCCCAAGAUGAAAGAGUAAAGGCUUUUUUUCCUAUAAAUAUAUAUGUACGUUUAUAUGUUGAUUUAAUCAUAUUUUUGUAAGUGCAGAAUAAAUUAAAUUAAUGUACUGAA